UUGUAAAGAAAGAACUUGAUUUGUGCUGAAGUUUUGAGGAAAGACACUUAAAUCGUAACUUCAGGUGUAAUAACUAAAUGAUACUGAGCGUGUGGCCAGUCUGUGUCGCACAGGAGAAAAACACCAUUUGAGAGCAGAAUUCUGGAAGUUUGCUAAAUGUAUGGAGCACUGCUGUGGAAUGACGAUGCAGGCCCAUCUCCACAUUCUGCGUAUUGUAAGCUUAAGAAUUUUUUUUUUAUCAUUAUUCCACCAGUUUGUUUUUAAGUUGUGCGAACUUCAUUGUUCAGGAUCAGGCAACGGGUUGCUUUUGUUCUUAUCACUGUUUAUAAAGAUGAUAUUUAUGUAAAAUGUUUCAUUUCAAAACUUUCUGAACGUAGGAGAUGGCAGCAGUAAUCUGAAGCUUUUACUCUCAAACAACAAACAUCCCAGUCAGUCCUUUCAUUGCAGGAUUACUGCUUUCCCACUUUUCCCGCCAGAGAGGAGCGUACAAGCACCCCACCUUGUGUUCACUAAGUAAAUGAACGGUGUCACAUCGGUUGUUAUUGGUUGUUAGGUGCACCUUGUUGCCACAGUCAGCCCCGCUUAACUCCGCAGCGACGGCGGAGCGGCUUCGUUACCAUGACAACGAAGCCAGUACGCGCUAUAAAAGGGGAGGAGCGAAGCGCUGCCGGAGCGCUCGCCUUUCACGAUGACGGACGUGAACCUGUACUGCCGUUUGCAACGGUUCAAUAUGAAGUGUAUGAGCCAGAGGGCUGGUAUUACACACAACCAGCAGCAGAGGAUGCUGGCCAAGUCGCGGCGGGAGGAUGAAUGGCGAGAGGACCAGAUGAAAGACAUCACGAAGGAGCAGCAGAUGCGUGCCUGCCUACUGUCUGAGGACAAAGUGGAGAGGAAGCGGUACCUUCGCCAGGUGCAGGAUGACCAGCGUGAGAGGCAGAUCGAGGAGGCGCUUCUAAAGGGAGAACACGAAAGGAUUACGAGGAGGAAGCAGCUCGAGCAAGAUGACAAGAUCGCCAGUGAAAUGGUUCGCAUCAAGCAUGAAAAGCUCAGAGAUGAAAAGAUAAGGCUCCAAAUCAGGAAAAACAGCAUUGAGCUUCGUGAGUUGGAAGCCAAAAUCAAAUUGGCUUACCUGAACAGAGAGAGAGCAGCUCAGAUUGCUGAAAAGGAGGCUAUGAGAUGCAAGACCAUAAGGCAGGAGGCAGAAAUGGCACAAAUACUCAAGAGCCAACAAGAGCAAGCCCUGGUGGAGGAGCAGAAGGAGGAGCAAAGGCGUUAUGAGGAGGUCCUGCGAUACCAGCAGGAGUUGGAGCAGCAGCUGGACGAGAAGGAAUGCAAGAAGCAGGAGGCUUAUGAGAAGUUCCUUAAGGAAAAACUCAUGGUUGAUGAGAUUGUUCGGAAGAUCUAUGAGGAGGAUCAGAUGGAACAGCAGCUGAGGCUGGACAACGUAAAGGCGACCCAGAAGUGUAUAGAGGAAUUCAAGAAGCAGCAGGCUGAGUGGAGGCAGAUGGAGCAGGAGAAGAUGGAGGCUGAAAACCAGCGUAUUCUGGAGUACACAAAAUACCUGCAGAGUAGAGAAGAGGAGAGGAAGGAGAAAGUCAAGGAACGCAAAGAUGCCAAGCAGAAAAUUCAGAAGAUGCUGACUGAAAGGAUUGAAAUGGAAAAGCAGAAGCGUGACGAAAUGCAACGUGUUCGUGAGGAGCUCUACAUGGAGGAGAAAGAAGCAAUAGCGAGACAGAAACAGAUUGAAGAGAUGGAGAGGAGGAUCCGACAACGCCUGGAACUUCAGCAGGCUCGUCAGAAACAGAUGGCCAUCAAGGAGAUGCGCAAGCAGGCUGAGGAAGAAGAAGAGGAGAAGCUCAGCCAGAUGAUGAUGGCCAAAUUCGCCGAGGAUGAUCGCAUUGAGCAAAUGAACACCCAGCGACGACACAUGAAACAGCUAGAGCAUCGGAAGGCUGUGGAGAAAUUCUUAGAGGACAGACGACAAAAAUUCCUGGCUGACAAGGAGCGUGAGGCUGAGGAGACAGCCAUCGAGCAACAGAAAGAAGCAGCACGUUUGCAAAUCAUUGAGGAGGAAAGGCAGAAGCUCCUAAAGGACCAUGCUACAAAACUUCUUGGUUACCUUCCAAAGGGCAUUUUCAGAGAAGAUGACCUUGAGCAUUUUGAUGAGGAAUUCAAACGAAAUUUCCAAAAGGAAGAUUUUCCAGAAGAAGACUUUGGUGUAGAGUGA